AUGAUGGCUGCUCUGGUCCGUGGAUGUGCUGCUCGCCAGCCAACGGCAGCGCUGGCGAGUCGUACCCGCAUCCUACAGCAGCAGCAGUGCUUUCUAUGGGUGAAGGUGCAGGAAGGGCAGGACUCUAGCCGCGUAGCCAGUCGCAUGCAGACGAUUUUGGCGGAGGACGGCACGCUGAAAACGCUGGCGCUCAAGAGAUUCCACGAGAAAAAGUGGCAGAAGCGCAAGCGCAAGAACGAGGAGCAGACCAUUCGUCGCGCAAAUCGUCGUGUCGGUUCGAUGAUCGACUUCAUCUUGCGUCGCAAGAAAGCAGGAUACUAG